CCCUGAUUAUUUGUCAGCUUUGCAGGAAUCACAGCGGUCAGCUCUCUAUAUCGUUUUCCCCUUUGGACUGAGCUGUGACUAGGAGUGGCAAAAACCCAUUGAGAAGGGAGAACUUUUUCCCUCCAGCUGCUGCAAUGCCUCGUCUUCUCUCUUCACCCUCAUGCUUCCUUCUUCUCAUCGUCCUCCUCUUUUCACCUGCCUCCAACUCUGUCCUUGAAGAUGACACCGUGGUGGUCACCAAAAGUGGCCCUAUCAAGGGCAAGCAUCUCUUGACUGCCACUGGCUCCGUGACUGCCUACCUGGGCAUCCCUUACGCUGAGCCUCCCCUGGGGAAAUUGCGUUUCCAGAAGCCCCUUCCACAUAAGCCAUGGAGUGAAGUCUUGGAUGCCACCAGCUAUGGCAACUCUUGCCCUCAGCACAAUGUUUCUGGCAUCCCUGAUGCAGCAAUAUGGGCGCCCAAUACGCCACAAUCAGAAAACUGUCUCUUUCUCAACAUCUGGAUGCCCUAUCCGCGGCCCUCUAUGCCAGUUCCUCUCCUUGUUUGGAUUCAUGGAGGGGGAUUUUUCACAGGGACAGCUUCCCUGGGCGUGUACAAUGGGGCAAAAGUAGCUUCUCAGCUAAAUGGGGUUAUCUACGUAUAUUUCCGUGCCGGGUUUCUUGGCGAAUUUGAAAGUCCACCAGCUGCCCCAGGAAACAUGGCCCUGUCAGACCAGCAGCUGGCUCUGAACUGGAUCAAUGAGAAUGCAGCUGCCUUUGGAGGAGAUCCAACUCGGGUGACCACUUUUGGUCACAGUUCUGGAGCAGCCUCAGUGGGUUUCCAUGCCCUCUCACCAGUCAGCCAACCCCUUUUUGCCCAAGCUGUGAUGCAGAGUGGAUCUCCCAAUGCCGUGUGGGCGUGGAUGAGCCCUGAAGUGGCCAAGCAAAGAUCCCAUGCUGCUGCCCAGAUGCUGGGAUGUGCUGAAGGCGAUAGCAAUGCUGUUGUGAGCUGCCUACAGGGAAAAAAUGUGACAGAAUUCGUUCAGCUUGAAAAAUCACUGCUUCAGAACAGCAAGUUUUUUCUGGAUCUUCCCUUCACGCCAACGACGGAUGGGGAUUUUCUGCCUGAUGACCCGCAAAAGCUUCUAGAGGCCAGGCGCUUUAAAAUCAAGCCAAUUCUCAUCGGUUUCACCUCUGAUGAAGGGUCCAUCUUUAUGGCUCUUACUUUUCCUGACACUGAUCGUAACCUGUUCACUAAGGAGAAACUUCUGGAAGGGAUCAGGAUGAUGAUACGAAAUGCAACUGAAGAAGAUGUCCAGGCAGUGGCACAGAAGUACAGCGAGGAAGGCCAGGGUCCAGCGCGGUACCACUGGGCCUUGUCACAGGCCUACGGAGAUUACUUCUUUGUAUGCCCAGUAGCGGAAUUUGCUGCGAAGAUGGUAGAAGCUGGUUGUCCUGUGUAUGCUUAUUACUUCACGCAUCACACCUCAGGCUCUGUUUGGCCUGAGUGGACUGGGGCAGCCCAUGGCUCUGAGCUGCCUUAUGUGUUUGGAAACCUUGAGUCACUACUGGGCGUCAACAAAACUUACACAGAGGCUGAGGCUGCGCUGAGCCGUAGGAUGAUGGGAUACUGGACAGAGUUUGCCAGAAGUGGGAAACCCACAGGAUCAGCUGCCGAUGAGGUAGAGUGGCCACUCUAUAAUACCACACAGCAGAACUUCUUCCAGCUUAGCACUGAGCCAACCCAGGUUCUGCAGAGAUCGCCUGUGCGACACUGCCCUUUCCUGAAAACACUGUCAAGCAAAUCCAACAAGGAUUCUGCUGCACCAGGAAGAUGAGAAGGAAUCCACUACAACUCCAUAGAAGGUAUCCUCAUGAAAGGUGUUGCUUUGCUUCAUGCCCCUCAAGAGCAAGACAUUACCUGGGAGAAAAAUGACAAGAUAUUCCAAAGAACGAGUUCUCAGGAUCCAUUGGAUAUACAGAGUGUGAACUUGGUACGAUAACAAGAAUCUAAUUAAAACACACAGUUGAAAUUCUAACCAAAUAACUAUUCUGCUGUCUGAGAAGGACGGUCCAAGCUGUUUGGCAAAUGCAACUGUAGAUUCCUGAGACCUCUAAUAAACACUUCUUGAAAUUG